AACACCCAAUUGCACCAGAUCUCCAACUUUCAAAACAUAUCUGGAGAUAUCGAAGUUGCAAAAGUCCUCAAAAUGGCCGACACCAAAAUCUACCAAGCCAGCACGACAGCACCCGUCAACAUCGCCGUCGUAAAGUCCGUCAACCUACCCCUCACCCCACUAACCCCCCUUUUCCUAUCCAAGCACCCCAAGAACUAACGAGAACCUGAAAAAAACAGAUACUGGGGAAAACGCGACCCCAAACUCAACCUCCCAACCAACUCGUCCAUUUCCGUCACCCUCUCUCAGGACGACCUUCGCACCCACACCACGGCAUCAUGCUCCUCCACCUUCGCCAGCGAUACCCUGCUCCUCAACUCGCAAUCCCAAGACACCAGCGGCGCCCGAACGCAAGCCUGUUUCCGUGAGCUUCGCGCCCUUCGCGCCGCACUGGAAGCAUCCAAUUCCUCUUUACCCAAGCUCUCCUCCCUCCCUCUCCGUAUCGUAUCGGAGAACAACUUCCCCACCGCCGCCGGUCUCGCCAGUUCCGCCGCCGGGUUCGCAGCUUUGGUGCGUGCUAUUGCGAAUUUAUACGAGCUGCCAGCCACGCCCACGGCACUGAGCAGGAUCGCGAGACAAGGGAGUGGAAGUGCCUGUCGCUCUCUUUUCGGUGGCUAUGUAGCAUGGGAAAUGGGUUCCAAGGACGAUGGAAGUGACAGUUUAGCCGUCGAAGUCGCACCGGCAUCGCACUGGCCCACCAUGCGGGCGCUCAUCCUCGUGGUCUCCGCUGAGAAGAAGGGCGUAAGCAGUACCUCAGGAAUGCAAAUCACCGUCGCGACAUCGCAGCUUUUCCAGCGACGAGCGGAGAUCGUGGUUCCUGCAGCGAUGGUGGCGAUGAAGAAAGCUAUCAAGGAGAAGGACUUUGAGAGUUUUGGCAAGGUGACGAUGAUGGAGAGUAAUUCGUUCCAUGCGACUUGUCUUGAUACCUUCCCGCCGAUUUUCUACCUGAAUGAUGUCUCCAAGGCGGCGAUCCGAUUAGUGGAGGAUAUCAACAAUGCUGCUGGGAAGAUCAUUGCGGCUUAUACUUUUGAUGCUGGUCCGAAUGCUGUCAUCUACUAUGAGGAGGAGAACACGGCUGCUGUAGCGGGUGUCAUUAAGGGUGCUUUGGGGGGAUUGGAAGGUUGGGCAAGUAGGGAGAUUGAACCCAAGGAGAGUACUUCAUUGGAUGCGAGAGCUGUUGGUGUUUUGAGAGACGGGGUUUCAAGAGUUAUCUUGACACAGGUUGGAGAGGGGCCAGUGAGAACGCAAGAGAGCUUGAUUGGGGCUGAUGGAGAGCCUGUUAAGAAGUAGAUAUGGGAUGGUGGAUGUUUCAACACAUUGGGAUUUGUGCAUCUGGUG